AUGCGAGAUUUCCAAGCGCUACGAGAUUUCGUGUCGCCGAUAGAGGCAUCAGUUCAAACCAUGAGAUUGCUUGGGCCCUUGAUCCUUCUCAGCGCGAUUUUCGUCGAGGCAGCCGACAGGCAUGCUACAGAUGGAUUAACCCGCUUCCUGGAGAGGCGCCUACCAAACCAUGUCAAUGACUUCAAGUUCUCCCUCGUUGGUCCUAUGCGGACGUCAGAUGACUGGACUAAUGAUAAAUAUACCGUUUUUACUGGCUGCAAUGGGAAGAUAAAUGUUCAAGCCAACUCGCUGAGUGGUCUCUUCCAAGGGCUCCACCGCUAUUUGUCUGACGUUGUCCAUGUUGACAUUUUCUGGUUUAUUGGCAAUCGUCUUUCCCUUGCGCCCCGAAAGUUGCCAAAGCUCGAUAAGCCCUUGAAGGGCGAGAGUUCUAUUCCGUGGAGAUACCAUCUUAACACAGUGACCUUCAGUUAUGCAACUCCCUGGUGGACAUGGGAGGAUUGGGAGCUCGAGCUGGACUGGUUGGCGAUUCGCGGUGUCAACCUUCCAUUGGCGUGGACGGGGUACGAGAAGAUCCUGAUAAGCGUGUUCCAGGAGGCCGGGUUCACAGACGACGAUAUCCGAAGCUUCAUCAGCGGCCCGGCGUAUCUGGCAUGGAAUCGCUUUGGAAACCUCCAAGGGUCAUGGGGAGGCGGUAACACGCCAUUCAAAUGGUACGACGCCCAGUUUGAGCUCCAAAAGAAGAUCCUUGCUCGGAUGUCCGAGCUGGGGAUGACACCUAUUUUGCCCGCAUUCCCCGGCUAUGUGCCCCGUGCUGUCACCCGCGUGCUCCCGGACGCUCAGGUUGUCAAUGCCUCGCAAUGGGCGGAGAUCAAUCCGAAAUACACCAAUACGACAUUCCUUCAGCCGUUUGACCCCCAUACCGUCCGCCUACAAAAGAGCUUCAUCUCGAAAAGCAUCGAAGCUUAUGGAAAUGUCACGCACUUCUACACUCUAGACCAGUUCAACGAGAUGAUCCCGAGCUCCGGAGACCCCAAGUUUCUGCGCAAAGUAUCUGAGACCACAAUGGAGGCUAUUAAAUCUGUUGACCCGGAGGCUACGUGGGUAAUGCAAGGGUGGCUGUUUUAUAUCUUCGCUGAUUACUGGACAACCGAAAGAAUUGAAGCAUAUCUGUCUGCAGGCAAGAAAUUCCGUGAUAUGUUGAUCUUGGAUUUAUUCGCAGAGUCGUUCCCGGUUUGGAAGAAGACCAAAGGUUUCUUUGGUAAAGCGUUUGUGUGGUGCCAGGUCCAAGAAUUUGGUGGAAAUCAUGGAUUAUACGGCCAUGUUGCGAACAUAACCGAGGGACCUGCUGAAGCAAUGGCACAACAUCCAAAUAUGGUUGGAGUUGGCAACGCCGGUGAGGGCCAGUCCGGAAAUGAGAUCGUCUUUAGCUUGCUGCUCGACCAAGGCUGGUCCAAAACUGCGCUGGAUCCAGAACAGUAUUUCCAUGACUGGGUUACCCGCCGUUACUCCAGCCACGAAAGAACAGUCCCCAGUGAGCUCUACGAAGCCUGGCAGCUUCUACGUCUUUCCGCCUACAAUAACACCAACUUGGUGGAUGCCCCGCUUCUGCCGCAUGCUCUCUUCGCUGCAUCACCAUCGAUCAAUGCGAAGAUGCCAAUGCUGUUCAUUGAGGGACUUCUCUACGAUCCCGCCGAUAUGCUCAAGGCCUGGGGACUGAUGAUAAAGGGGGCUCUCUUUGGGGAUUCCUCCUACCAAUAUGAUAUAGUUGACGUCACUCGCCAAGUGCUAUCCGACGCAUUCACAUUGGUACUUCAAGACCUCAAAGUGAAAUACAAGGGCGGCGCGCCAGCCUCCGUAUUCAUGCCCAUCGGUGACAAGCUCCUCAUUAUCCUCAAAGCGCUGGAUGCCGUUCUAUCGAUGAACGAGAAUUUCUGGCUGUCCAGCUGGAUCUCAGCCGCCCGGGCUAGUGCUGGCGAUGAGUCCGAAGCUGCAGACUUCUUCGAACACAACGCCCGCAACCAGAUCACUAUCUGGGGAUCAGAGGUUGGGGUUCUUGAUGACUAUGCGCAGAAACAAUGGGCCGGCUUGGUAUCGGGAUAUUAUACUCCCCGCUGGCGCAUGUUCUUAGAGUAUCUGAAGGACACUCCGGCGAGUCAGUAUAACGACACAGUUCUCAAGGAGAAGCUGAUCCCCUUUGAGAUGGAAUGGAUCUCCCGGAAAUCUGGGGCUUCGAUUCAGACUGAAAAGCCUACAAAGGAGCUCAAGGCUGUGCUAGGCGACUUGCAGAAGGAUUUGGACUUCGUUUUUAACCUGGGUUCAUUGCGGAGUGAUAAACAAUUCUUUCAGGGGCUACCUAUCUACAUUCUAGCCACUCAAGUACUGAAUUUCAUCGAUCGAUACGGAAUCGACUUCGAACCCCCAGAGGUUAUCAGCUACACACGCAAGCCUCAAAAAAUAAUUCACCUAGGGAAAAGCUCCCUAUGUAAUAGUAUUGCAGAUAUCACUUAA